UUUAUUUUUUUGAUGUUGAUCAGAAACGGGGCUCGAAUCCAGUCUUCGGGAAUUGUAGUGCGCACUGCACUACAUCACAGCAGCCGCAUGUGUAUCUACCCAUAUAAAUUUUUUACAAAAUAUUCACAGACGGAUGGAGAGCAGAAACACUAUUGGAAAUUCCAUAUUUUAAGCGCGCCCUUAUCAUCGUGACACACAACUCGAUAGAGUGGUGGAUUUGUUAGGCUUUAAACGUCAACAUUUCGUUAAUUUUGUAUUGAUAAGCCCUACUACAGCGAAGCGUAGCAAACGAGAAGAAUAUUUAAUGCACUAAUAAAAGUAACAAUGAGAUAUUACGUCUAAAUUAAAACAAAACAACGCUUUCAACGAUCGCUCAAAUAAUAAAUGAAAGGCACACACACAAAAAAAAAAAGAAAACAAAUACUAACAAAUUUGUAUCACCAAAAAAUGGAAAAAAUCGUCACUUCCACGGAGCGCCUCGACGCAUCGAUCAGUUCCCAACACAACACCUACGGUAGCACAACGUUAAAAAAUCGCGCUUCACCCACAAAAGAUCAAACCACAUCGGCCGAAAUACACAUCACUACUAACAGAGGAGCUCUCGAUACGUACGACAAAAAUUACGAUCCCAACGAUAGUGACAAUUCAGUUGGGCAUGACUAUAGCAGCAGCGUUGUAGUAAACACUAAAGAACUCGUCUACCAGAGCUUACCAGCUCCGAUCACUACUUAUACGUCAAGUCUCUUUGCCGCUGCCUGUAGUGCUUCCUCAACGUCACGCUUUCAAGCGCCACAUUCCGGUUACGCGCGUUACGGCUACAGCAGAAUGUCAACGUUUAUUGAUGAAACACCUGGACCUAAGAAGUCUGUAUGGCCCUCAACAACCCUGCAGCGCUUCGAAGUUAUCCUCUUUGUACUGAAUCAAAUGUGUAUCGGUUUUGUGACCAUAUUCAUGUCCUGGUUGUGUAUUACAAAUGGACUGCAAAACACGCCGCUUCAUGCGUGGCUGGUAACACUAGGUGUAAGUGUAUUAUUUUUGAAACUGAAAUUUCGCAUUUUUUACAAUUCAUAUAAAAAAAGAGAGUACAAGUUUUGAAUAAUUUUAUAAACGGCAGAUUUUAUUAAGUAAUUAUAUCAUUUAUAAGGUUUAAAUUAUUCACUGGCAAAAUAGUAUUUAUUUAGAGCACUCAAAUUCAAACAAGUAAUUUUAAGCAAGAAAUACAAACGACUUCAGUGCUCAUUUACAGAUUUAGGCGUACCGUUAAUUUCUUCAUGAUUCAAUGAUCAGAACUAAACGAAAUUAGUAUGGGACCACCCUUGAGAUACCACCUUUCCGAUAAAAGAAGAAUUAUCGAAAAUCGUUCACGCUAUCCAAAGUUGUACAUAAA